AUGCAAGUGGUACGUGGUUUCCACAGUAGUUCAAAGGUCUCCAAAGCUGCUUGUGCUUUGGUUAAGCCAGUGCAUCAUUUGGUUAAGAUCGACAAGAGCAAGCUAUCCCCAAGGUUUCCUGAAUUGAAAUAUAGUAAAAACGAUAUUAGAUCUCCAGCAUUCAAGCCUGUUGUUACACAUCAAGACCGUGUUCGUGAGCAUUAUUAUAAUACUUUACAAAGCGAUUUAUUAUUGAUAAAUUAUUCCCACAAAAGCCAAACGAAGCUCGGGUUGAAGCAAAGAGAAUGGGACGGUUCUUCUCCAUAUCACAUUAACAGAGAACCCAGAAAACCUAAGGGCUCAAGUGCUCAAUUGCCAGAUAUUCAUCCAGUAACGUGGAAGAACAUUCCAGACAUCGAGUCCGUUGUUAUUAACUGUUACGUCAGAGAUGCAAAAGAGAACCAAUAUCUACCAAUUUCAGCAGCAUUACAAUUGCAACAAAUUACCGGGUGUAAACCAAAGGCUUUGUUCUCUAGGAAUGAUGUUCCGGCCUGGAAGGUCAGAAGAGGUACCCAAAUGGGUGCUGUCAUUACAUUGAAAGGUCGUCCAAUGUCUCAGUUCUUAUCCACUUUGACUGAAAUUGUACUACCAAGAAUCAGAGAAUACAAAGGUAUCUCCAACAAGUCAGGUAACAGAUUUGGUGGGUUAUCAUUUGGUAUGACCAGCGAUGAAGUCAGAUUUUUCCCAGAGAUUGAUGCUAAUCAAGAUCUUUGGCCAGUAACUUUUGGUAUGCACAUCAACAUCAACACAACUGCCCAAACUGACGUACAGGCUAGAACUUUGGUCAGUGGAUUCGGUUUUCCUUUCAACGGUUCGGAAAAGAUCAAUUAA